CAAUGACUGGGCUGCUCGUACAUGUGGUGGCAAGGAGUUCCACACAGUCGCCCCCGAGUACCUCAGUGACCGCCUGUACACUUCCAGUUGGGGCCUCGGUAUGAUGAGGUUGUCCAAUGUGCUCUGUCUGAUGGAUCUGGAGGCUUCAUCUCUAUACCGGAUGAACACUAGCUAGCUAGAUUUUAUUUUAGUGUUUUAUGAACCCGUGUUGUUAGUCCGGUGGAGAAUAUCAGAAUCCUCGACUUGACAAUCGUUCCUCAGGGAAUAGAAACAACUACGCGACUACAACAGGCUACAGUCUUCAGAGAUGAACCAUCGUCGGGCUAACUCCUUGCUCGUCUCCGCGGUGCUGGUAGCCCUUCUGGCGGGAGAGUCGGCUGCGUGGAGGCGCCGGCGCCAAACCUGCUCCCCGAUCAACUGUCAGUGGGGUCCGUGGACGUCCUGGUCUUCAUGUUCAUAUCAGUGUGGGGCUUUUGGAACACGGACAAGAACAAGACCCUACAGCCCUGCUGCGUCGUGCGGGGGAGCCGCCUGUAGCGGCAGUAACUCUGAGACGGAGGACUGUAACAGGUUCUGUCCGAACGGGUCUCCGUACCAGGCCGGCUGUGACUGUACCGGCACCGGCUACACAGGGACGUGCUGCGACGUCGAUGCUGACGAAUGCGCCCUUGGGACAGACAUCUGUCACGAACACGCCACCUGUACCAACACACCUGGGAGUUUCACCUGUACUUGUAACGGCGGAUACAGCGGAGACGGAUAUACCUGCAGUCCUAAUGAGGUAGACGAAUGCGCCCUAGGAACACACACCUGCCAUGCAGCUGCCACCUGUACCAACACACCUGGCAGCUUCACCUGUGCUUGCAACUCUGGAUACACUGGCGAUGGAAACACUUGCACAGACAACGACGAGUGCACCUUGGGGACUGCCAGCUGUCAUGAACACGCCACCUGUACUAACACACCUGGCGGCUUUACCUGUGAUUGUAACGGAGGAUACACUGGCGAUGGAAGCACUUGUACCGAUGUCAACGAAUGUGACGAAGGAACAGACACCUGUGACGAACAUGCCACAUGUACCAACACACCUGGCAGCUUCACCUGUGCCUGUAACGGAGGAUUCACUGGAGAUGGAUUCACCUGUACAGACAUCGACGAAUGUGCAGAAGGAACAGACACCUGUGACGAAGACGCCACCUGUACCAACACACCUGGCAGUUUCACCUGUGCUUGUAACGGAGGAUACACUGGCGAUGGAAAUACUUGCACAGACAACGACGAGUGCGCCCUGGGGACUGACACCUGCCAUGCAGCUGCCACCUGUACCAACACACCUGGCAGCUUCACCUGUGCUUGUGACUCGGGAUACAAUGGCGAUGGAAACACCUGUACAGACAUCGACGAGUGUGCAGAAGGAACAGACACCUGUGACGAACAUGCCACCUGUACCAACACACCUGGGAGUUACACCUGUGCCUGUGACGACCCUUACACUGGAGGUGGAUACAGUUGUACCGUAUCGUGCUCGGACCUCUACCCAGGCCUUCACCCUGCCGGAAAUUUCGGGGAGUUCCGGGGCCAGUGCUUCUGGUCUUCCUCCCAUAGAAACCCGAAGCUAGACUACACCGCAGCCCGGCAGGCGUGCGGGCUGUACGGGGGCACGCUAGCGAUGAUCAAGGAUGAUGCAACACAAAGGUUUCUCAAGAACCACUUGAAAGGCACAAGCGGCAGAACUCAAAGGAACUACUGGAUCGGUCUGGAUGACCUGAACAGUGAGCGCUCCUUCCUGUGGAACGACGGGAGCCCGCUGGGAUCGUACCGCAGGUUCCGGUCCAGCGCCCCGCACAGGAUCCGGGACUGCGUGGUGCUGUGGAGGACCGCCCGACUGGCACACUGGGACAUCAAGAGCUGCGACUUGACCAUGGCCUACAUCUGUCAACUGGCUGGUGGCUCUUAAGACGACCAACGGUGACAUCAGCCUCACACUGGCGUGACGUCUUCAGUAAGAAGACAGACACCAUUUCAUCAGCAACGUAAUUUUAAUUAUUAUAGCAUAAAGAAGAUGCAGUCUUUUAAUCCCCAUCAGCUUUCAUAAGAGUAUUCAGUUGAAUAUAAUCUUGUCAAAAUAAAUCUGGAUUAGAUGCAUUAGAGAUGCAUUAUUCGUAUCUGUUAGAAUAUUUCUUUCAUAAACAUAUUGUCUACCCUAAAGCUUGCAGUGUUUUAUCCCGUAGAUCAGAAUUUAAUCAUCAUGAUUCAUAACGUACCAAGAGCAAGCAAAAAAAAAUGUUUUUGUAACAAUCCUUUUGACAUCAUGGAGCACAAUAUACUAGAAGCAAGCAAUAAAAUAUGAUUUUUUUUUUAAAGCGUUG